AUGCAGCGUAUGGGGUGCGCACAUGAGGCUCAUUCGCUUGUGUCUGCAACUAGCACAGUGAAUUUGCCUUCCUUUUUGCAGGAGCUAUCCUCCUGUGGGGAGGAUCAGGGAGGUGGCUUCAUUGGCCGUGGCUUGGGGACGUACCCGGAAUUGGGUUCCGUUGAGAGCGGCGGGGAGGAUUUAGAUGCUGUUACGGCCAUCGUAAAUAUCUCUUCUGACAUGACCUUCUCUUCAUCAGCUCUGUAG